AGCAUGAAUAAAGAGAGUAAUCAGCCUACAGAAAAAGGAGGUAUCUAAAGAACUGAAAACUAGGGAGAAGGAAGAAGAAACAGAAACAGAAACAGAAACAGAAACAGAAACAGAAACAGAAACAGAAACAGAAACAGAAACAGAAAGGGAAACAGAAAGGACGGAGAAAUGCAUGGGGGUCGAGCCAAUGGAAAUAUACAAAAUGAUGAUAAUGAUUAUAGCCCCACAUGGUGUAGUUGUGGGAGAGGUGAUUAUGACGGAAAAUUGAGUUCAGAAAAUGUGAAUCUGACACCUGUGGCUAACAAUGACCACAGCACUGAGGAGCAGAUGAAAGAUAACAUCCUGUGUGUGGAUAAGAUACCCCUUCUGACCAAGAAGUUAUACCAAGCCGGACCUAAGAGUGCUAUUAGAGACAACCUCAUUACUAUCAAUGUGUCCGGGAGACCCUUCAUUAUAGACAGGUGCUAUCUGGAACAGUACCCAACAACUCUGUUGGGAUCCGGCGAGAUUGAGAACUAUUGGGACCCCAGGUAUAACGAGUAUUUCUUUGACACUCACCGGGACGCGUUCGAGAGCAUCUUUGAUUUCUACCUGUACGGCAAGCUAUACCCACAUCCUAACGUGCCUGCCCCACUUCACCAUGACAACGUGGAGUUCUUCAAGAUCAUGAGCGUGUUUGAUGCUCAGGAACUGAUGGAGGGAGGAGAACAUACCAUCAAGAAGAAGAGCAAAUACGCGAGUAUCAGGGGUGAAAUACACAACACGCUGGAAGAUCCCAGUACUUAUCUGAUAGGCAAAGUGUACGGGUGGGCGGAUCUGUUGUUUAUUCUGCUCUCCAUAGCAACCAUGUUAGUGGAGACUAUCCCUCACAUUCACGCCGUCUCAGAUAUCCCAGGCUCAAUGGAAAGCAAGCUUUUCUUUGCUCUGGAAACUGCAACUGUUGUCUUCUUCACUUUUGAUGUACUUAUAAGAGCUUUUGCUCACCCUUCCAGGCUUGAGUUCUUCAAGUCCCCCGCUAGUUGGCUCGAUAUAUGCACCAUCGCCCCCUUUUACAUAGAGCUCUUAGUCGACUUCUCCAAACUGGAGUCCAUGAAAGUACUCAGAAUUGCACGUGUAGCACGAGUGUUGAAGCUGAUAAAGAAGAACAAACGCUUGCAAUUGAUUGCGGAGGUGCUGAUGAAGAGUGUCAGUGAGUUGGCCAUGUUGGUUAUAGUCUGGGCUAUGAACAUUACAGUUGCUGGAGUCGUGUUUUACUACCUGGAGGAAGGCAGUGAAAGUAACCUCAUUACUAGUGGGGUGGAUGGUAUGUGGUGGGCUAUCGUUACCAUGAGCACUGUCGGGUACGGUGAUAUAUAUCCAGAGUCCUUCGUGGGCAAGAUCUUCGCAACUUUCUUCAUCUGGGUCAGCAUGGUGUUCCUAGCUCUCCCCCUUACAAUCAUUGUCAGCACUUUCAACAAACAAUACGAGAAAAAGAGGACCCUAACUCUAAAACAGAAAGGGGCCAUGACCAAGACUGUUCCUAUGAUGCAAAAGAACGGGGGAUAACGAGUGUAAAGUUGAAGUUGAAUUUACUUCAUAUGAAACACUAUAAGUUAUAAAUAUCAAUUUGGUUUGGACACAUAGUAAGACAGCACAAAUAUAGGUGAAUUCUUCGUAUAUUUACGUUAUAAAUAUAGUAUAGUAAGAAUUGUAGGAGGGACCCAACUUGGCAACUUAGCAACUAAAAUAUGCGACCAGUCCUUGAAAUGUGUGACCAGUCCUUGACUUUAUCUCAUGAGGCAUUGAUGCAGGUAAAAGAAACAGAACAUGAAGAUAUGAGUGAAGGAGCAGAUAAUUUGAACCGGGAACCCUGACGUGCACUUCGUUACCAGACGUGAAAUUUAAGACGGAGCAUGGAGCUUUAGACUCCAUGUAUAUGAGACUAAUAAAUCAGUAGUUCAAUACUUUAGUAGUAUAGUAAAGUGUAAGCGGUAGACAAGUUAAUGACUAGUUAAUGGCUAAGGACUUGGGAUAAAAAGUAUAUUUGUCGUGCCGUUGAAUGUUUCAUGUUAGUAUUUCUAAUCGGGUUUCUGCAAUCUGCACUGUGUAAAAACAGUUUGUUGGGCUCUCAAAGUCUGGGCUGUGACAUUUUAGUUUUUCUAAUUGGGAUUUCCCUUGUGCAGCAUGCAAGCUGAAACUGUAAGCAUUCAAUCACGACACACCCAGAUUUAACUUUUAUGUCAUAUGUUUGUACGAGAUACAUAAUACUUUUGUACGUUAUAAGUUA